AAACCUCGUAAAAAAGAAUCUCCAACGGCUCUCCUCUCCUCAUCGGUGGAUCCAGUUAUAUGACCGUUUCUGGGUCCCACUUUUUUCCUUUCAAACAACAUUAUAAACCUUCGCAAGCCACACCACAUUUCAUAACACACGACACAACGCAAACAACACUACUAAUCCUCAAAGUGAGUAGAAAAACAUGACUGCUGAAACUAUGGCUCAAGAAGAAACCACCCAGAAAGUUGAGGUUGUUGUUGAAGAAGGUAAUGUUCUUGAUGUUGAAGCAAAGGAAACAUUGGAUGAAUCAAAACCCGCAAAGGCAGUUGAGAAAUGCUCUUCUUAUAAAGAAGAAAGCAACUUUCUUUCAGAUCUUAAAGAGUUUGAGAAAAAGGCUUUGGUUGAGUUCAAGUCUAAGGUUGAGGAAGCGAUUUUAGGGAACACUCUUUUUGAGAAAAAAGAAGAAGAAGAGACUAAAAAGGUUGAAGCUUUACCAGAAGGUGGUGAAGAAGGUGAGAAAGUUGUGAAGGAAGAAGAGAAUGUUGAGGGGGAGAAUGAGAAAGGGGUUGAAGUGGAGGAGGAGAAAGAUUUAUCUUUGUGGGGUGUGUCACUUUUGCCAAGCAAAGGAGAUGAAGGAAUUGAUGUGGUUUUGUUGAAGUUUUUGAGGGCUAGAGAUUUUAAGGUGAAUGAGGCUUUUGAGAUGUUGAAGAGGACACUCAAAUGGAGGAAAGAGAUGAAGAUUGAUUCUAUUUUGGAUGAAGAUUUUGGUUCUGAUUUGGAGUCUGCUGCUUACAUGAAUGGUGUUGAUCGUGAAGGACAUUCUGUGUGUUACAACAUCUAUGGAGUUUUUGCAGGUGAAGAGAUUUAUCAGAAGAGCUUUGGGAGUGAAGAGAAGAGAAGAGAGUUUUUGAGAUGGAGGUGUUAUGUUACUGAGAAGUGGAUUCAGAAGCUGGAUUUGAAACCAGGCGGUGUUUCUUCUUUGCUUCAAAUCAAUGACCUUAAGAAUUGUCCCGGUCCUUCCAAGAAAGAGAUAAGAAUUGCUACAAAUCAAAUUGUUUCAAUUUUGCAGGACAAUUACCCUGAAAUGGUGGCCAAAAAUAUUUUCAUCAAUGUUCCAUUCUGGUAUUAUGCACUCAAUGCACUUUUAUCUCCAUUCUUAACUCAAAGAACGAAGAGCAAAUUCGUGGUGGCGCGUCCCGCCAAGGUCACCGAAACAUUGAUCAAGUACAUUCCAAUCGAGGAGAUCCCAGUUAACUACGGCGGUUUCAAGAGGGAAAAUGAUUCCGAAUUCUUCGGCCAAGAUGCAACUGUUUCUGAACUGAUUCUCAAGGCUGGAUCGACCGCAACUAUAGAGAUACCUGCAUUGGAAGCUGGAAACACCCUGUGCUGGGACAUAGCUGUUUUGGGUUGGGAGGUAAGUUACAAAGAGGAAUUUGUUCCCAAUGAUGAAGGCUCUUACACAGUCAUUGUUUCGAAAGUGAAGAAGAUAGGUUCACAAGAAGGAGCUAUUAGGAACACAUUCAAGAACAAUGAGGCAGGAAAGGUUAUUCUCACAGUUAACAACUCGUCGAACAAGAAGAAGAGGGUUAUGUACCGUUACCAGAUCAACAAGAACUCGCCAUGAGAACUCAAUUAUUAAGUUCUUUUAGGUUUGUUCCAUUGUUCUUUUGGUUUCAUUUAGGUUUUGAAAGUAGGUGGUGGAAUGUGUCAAGAGUUUUGGAGACUGGAGGAAAAGAAGAGAUUCUUUGAUUUGAUAUUACAUAUUUUUUAAACUUGUUGAAAUUCAUUUAGAGUUCAUUCA